AUGGAGGCUUCUACCGAACAAUUCACGUCCAAGGAACAGGUCGUCGACGCCGUCCCCAAGCGCRUCAAGUCGCUUCAAUUCGGCCUGCUCAGUCCGCCAGAUAUCGUCGCGCAAUCCGUGGUGCCCGUGGGCGAUCGGAAUCUCUACGAUUUGGCUGCGCAGGCAGGUGCUGGCCGGACAAUCACCAAACAUGGUCCGCUCGACCAGCGUUUGGGUACGUCGUCGAAGAAUGGACUGUGUGAGACUUGUGGGCAGGGACUGAAGGAAUGUAAUGGGCACUUUGGACAUGUCAAGCUGGCACUGCCGUGCUUUCACUAUGGCUAUCUCAAGAGGAUCAUCGAGGCACUCAAUUGUGUGUGCAAGGACUGCAGUCGAGUGCUGCUGCCGGAAAAGGACAAGAGGGAUUUCUUGAAAAGGUUGCGGAAGCCCGGAUUGGAUGGACUACGCAAGGACGUCAUAACGAAGGCUGUCUCUGCUGAGUGUAGGAAGGUCAAGGUCUGUCCGCAUUGUUCUGCUUUCAACGGACCCGUGCGCAAAGUGCCUGGCCAUCCGAUCAAGAUGUGGCACAACAAAUACGCCAUCUACACAAACUCGAACGCGAAGAGCAAGGUCAAGCCGCCGGACAUGCAGCAGUUUGAGAAGACUUUCGAAGAGGCUAUCAAGGCGAACCCGGAGGUGGAUCGCCACAUGAAGCGUGCCUCGGACGAUCUCACACCUCUCAGAGCACUCAACAUCCUGAAAAAAGUCCCCAAUGCCGAUGUAGAACUACUGGGGAUGAAUCCUAACAACGGCGGCCGACCUGAACACAUGAUCUGGACCAACAUUCCUGCUCCACCCGUGGCCAUCCGCCCUUCCGUGGCUCAGGAGACGGCCAGUACCGAGGACGACGUUACGAACAAGCUGGGUGAUAUCAUACAGAUCAACAUGCUAAUCACAGCCACACUCCGCGCUGGGCAACCGCUCGCUAAAGUCAUGGACAUGUGGGAGUUUCUCCAGGUCCAGAUCGCCAUGUAUAUCGAUGGUCAAUUGCCCGGUCUUGCACGAGAUGCGUCGUACGGAAAGCCGAUGCGUGGAUUCUGUCAACGUCUCAAGGGUAAACAGGGUCGCUUCCGUGGGAACUUGUCUGGAAAGCGUGUCGACUUUUCUGGACGAACUGUCAUCUCACCGGACCCCAAUCUCUCCAUUGAUGAGGUUGCGGUACCCAUGCGCGUGGCCGUCAACAUGACCUACCCGGAGAGAGUUACGAAGCACAACUUUGAGAAAUUGAAGGCCUGUAUCAGAAGAGGGGACAAGGUCCACCCGGGCGCCAACUUCAUUGUCAAAGGUCGCGACAACAGGAGGGUUGUCCUGCGAAUGGUUGGCAUGAAGGGAGACUUGAAGAAGGUGGCAGAUCAGCUGGAGCUCGGCGAUAUUGUUGAGCGACAUCUCGAAGACGGAGACAUUGUUCUCUUCAACCGGCAACCUUCUCUCCACAAGCUUUCAAUUCUAUCACACAGAGCGAAGAUCCGGCCGUGGCGAACUUUUCGCCUCAAUGAGUGUGUUUGCAAUCCCUACAACGCCGAUUUCGACGGAGACGAGAUGAACUUGCACGUCCCACAAACCGAGGAAGCACGAACGGAAGCCACCGAGUUGAUGGGCGUCAAGCACAAUCUUGCAACUCCUAAGAACGGAACCCCCAUUAUUGCCGCCAUUCAGGAUUUCAUCACCGGCGCAUAUCUGAUCAGCCGCAAAGAUCAGUUCUUCAGCCGUAGAKCAUUUACGCAAGUGGUUACAUUCAUGUAUGAUGGCAUGCAGGUUAAGGAUCCGCUCACUGGGGAGAAGCACGACAUUGAGAUCCCACCGCCUGCAAUCUGGAAACCACAGACGUUAUGGACCGGUAAGCAGAUCUGGAACGUGCUCAUGAAGCCACACAAGCACUAUCCAGUGAAUGUCAAUCUGGAAGCGAAGCUGAAGCAGUUUGCGCCGCCGACUCGGAAGGGAGACAUUGACGACAUGGUUGACUCGGAUUCGUACUUGGUAAUCAGGAACAGUGAGACCAUGUGCGGAGGAUUUGAUAAAGCUACAGUCGGAGAUGGAAAGAAAAACAGUGUCUUUUAUGUCAUCAUGCGAGAUUUCGGUGUCGACUACGCCGCUGCUGCCAUGACACGUCUUGCGAAGCUCUCCGCUCGAUGGCUAGGGGAGCAAGGAUUUUCCAUCGGCAUCAGCGAUGUCUACCCGAGUGCCAAGCUCAACGCGAGAAAGAAGGCUCUCGUUGAUGCGGCGUACAAGCAGUGUGACGACAUUAUUGACAAGUUCAAGAAGGGCAAGCUUGAGCGUAGCGCUGGGUGUGACGAAGAACAAACGAUGGAGAUCCUGAUGUCCGGUAUUCUCAGUUCGGUCCGACAGCAGUGUGGUGAUGCCUGUUUCGCGGAACUCAGCAAAUUCAAUGCUCCCAUGACGAUGGCCAAAUGUGGAUCCAAGGGCUCUAACAUCAACGUCUCUCAGAUGGUGGCUGCUGUAGGACAGCAAAUUAUCGGAGGAAAGCGUGUUUUGGAAGGAUUUCAGGACCGUACUCUGCCACAUUUCGCCAAAGCCAGUCGAGAUCCCCUCGCCAAGGGAUUUGUGGUGGACAGUUUCUUCAGCGGACUCAGCCCGACGGAAUUCAUCUUCCACGCCAUGUCUGGAAGAGAAGGUUUGGUUGAUACCGCUGUCAAGACCGCCGAGACUGGUUACAUGUCACGUCGGUUGAUGAAAAGUUUGGAGGACCUGAGCGCGCAGUAUGAUCUGACUGUGCGAAAUUCCWCGUCGGGAGUCGUUCAGAUGAAGUUUGGUGACGAUGGAUUGGAUCCCGUGGAUAUGGAGGGCAGUGCCAAGCCUGUCAACUUUGAUCGAACGUGGAUGCACGCGAUUACAAGUACUUGGGACAACAGCGAGCCUGGUCUCCUCCAGGACGAGGUCGAAACAAUUGUCAAGGAGAGGCUUGACAAAGAGCGCAACAAGCUUGGCAGAGUCACCGAUGAUGGCCUACCACUCGCGUACGACGACCAGACACCAAAGUCCACCGACCAGUUGGAGUAUAGCAGAACUUUCCUCGACGAUGUCACCAACUUCAUUUUCGGCAAACACAGGAAGAUGACCAGCUCCCAAGCGCGCCUGCCAAAUAGCGACGGUGUCUUCAAGCUCUCGAAUUCCGCCCUGCAAUGCUUUCUCCACCUAUGUCUGCUGAAGUUUGAAAAGUCCAAGGUCGAAGCCGGCCACGCGGUUGGAGCGGUUGGAGCCCAGUCCAUUGGAGAACCUGGAACCCAGAUGACGCUCAAGACUUUCCAUUUCGCUGGUGUCGCUGGUAUGUCCAUCACACAGGGUGUGCCGCGUAUCAAGGAAAUCAUCAACGCAAGCAAAGUGAUCAGCACGCCGGUCAUCACCUGCGCACUCGAUUCACCAUAUGAAGACAUGGCAGGUCGUUUCGCCAAGGCUUUGAUUGAGAAGACCUAUUUAGGUGACAUUGUAGAUUACAUCGAAGAUGUGUGGCACGCCAAUGGCUGCUACAUUAACAUGCGCGUCAAUUGGGAGCAGAUUGAGAAUUUGGGCCUGCGGAUCAACAUGUGGAACAUCGUUGAUGCCAUCAACCGAUCCAAGGGCUACAAGUCUAUGGGUGUGAAUGCCAGCGCUUCAGAAAGCCACAUCCGUGUGCGCCUCUCACUUCCAGAUUCUGGAAAGCUUCGCAAAGCAGCUGCGACGAAGCAUCUCCGAUUCUCCGAUCAUGAUGACUCGGAAGUCUUGUUCAUGCAGAUCCACACUCUCAAGCGCAAGCUGCCUCAGGUGGUGGUGAAAGGCUACCCAGACGCUGCAAGAGCCAUCAUGAAGAAGGACGACAAAGCUGAUGCUUCUGGCAGAGAACCAAUCUCUGUGCUAGUCGAAGGUUACGGCCUCAAGGCGUGCAUGACCACCGAUGGUGUAGACGGCUACCGCACCAAGAGCAACAACGUCAUGGAGAUGAAGGAAGUUCUUGGAAUUGAAGCCGCGCGUAAGACCAUCAUUGACGAAAUUUCCGCUGUGAUGGGAGGUAUGGACAUUGAUCCGCGACAUAUGCAGCUUUUAGCAGACGUCAUGACCUACAAAGGUGAAGUCCUGGGCAUCACCCGUUUUGGUCUGGCGAAGAUGAGAGAUUCAGUCCUCCAGCUUGCCUCCUUCGAAAAGACGCCCGAUCAUCUGUUUGAAGCUGCGGCCAAGGGGAAGAGAGACGACAUUGAAGGUGUUAGCGAGUGUAUUAUUCUCGGGCAGGUCAUGGGUGUCGGCACGGGCGCUAUGAAAGUUGUGAGACCGCUCGCCGUGGAAGGCGUCAAGAACAACGUUGGAGACACGACAUUCAAGAGCGAGGUCAGAGCUUGUUUGACAGCCAGGAGAGCAAGGAUGAAGGAGCGGAGGAAGGGAAUGGGGAGCAUGGUCAAUGGGCAUGCUGCUGAGGUUGCUGCUGCUGCUUAG